ACGUGUGCGAGUAGUUUCAUCCAAACGAGACAAGCACUGGCUCUCGCUUUCGUGGUCGUCUUGACCAACGGAUAAGGGUCUGACGGUAAAUAUAGACACGAGAUCAUGUGCAGUCUAGACUACGGUUGGUGUACCCCCUCGUAAUCAGGCGGCAAACCCGUUUUUGGUUAGACCGAACAUUUUUCUCAUCACAUACGAGUUGUCAUUUUACUGCGAGCAGUGCGCUGGCGUAGGAUAAAUAUGUCUCACAAAAGUUGUUAUACAAACCCUGGCACAGGGGGGAAGCGACCUCGAAACGAAAAGGGGAACAAGGUGACAGUUGUACUUGGUGCACAAUGGGGCGAUGAAGGGAAGGGGAAAGUGGUCGAUUUGUUGGCGACAGAGUCGGACAUCAUUUGCAGAUGCCAGGGCGGUAACAACGCAGGUCACACGGUGGUCGUGGAUGGGAAGGAAUAUGACUUCCACCUCCUCCCCAGUGGGAUCAUCAACUCCAAAGCUGUUUCUGUGAUCGGCAAUGGUGUGGUCAUUCAUCUGCCAGGCUUGUUAGAAGAAGCGGGAAAAAAUGAAAAGAAAGGCCUUAAAGACUGGGAGAAGAGAUUGAUCAUCUCAGACAGGGCCCACAUUGUGUUUGACUUCCACCAGGCAGUCGACGGGCUCCAGGAUGUACAGAGACAAGCACAGGACGGGAUAAAUAUUGGAACCACAAAGAAAGGCAUCGGACCGACCUACUCUAGCAAAGCGUCACGUACGGGGCUGCGUAUCUGUGACCUCCUAGAUGAUUUCAAAGACUUUUCUACGAGGUUCAAGAACCUUGCUCAGCAGUACCAGGCCAUGUUCCCCACACUGGUGGUAGAUGUUGACGGUCAGCUGAACAAAUUAAAGGAGUAUGCUGAGCGGAUAAGACCCAUGGUGCGAGACGGUGUCUAUUUCAUGUACGACGCUAUUAAUGGACCCCCUAAGAAGAUUCUGGUGGAGGGCGCGAACGCUGCCCUGCUUGACAUUGACUUUGGUACAUACCCAUUUGUGACAUCAUCAAACUGCACCGUGGGUGGUGUGUGUACAGGACUGGGCAUCCCCCCUCUGAACAUUGGUGAUGUGUACGGGGUGGUGAAGGCCUACACCACUAGGGUGGGCAUCGGGGCGUUCCCCACAGAACAACUCAAUGAGGUUGGGGAGCUGCUGCAGACGCGGGGCCAUGAGGUGGGCGUGACCACAGGGAGGAAACGACGCUGUGGUUGGCUGGAUCUGGUCAUCCUGCGUUACGCCAAUAUGAUAAACGGCUUCACGGCGUUUGCAUUAACCAAACUUGAUAUCCUUGAUGUGAUGGAUGAAAUCAAAGUGGGAGUGUCUUAUAAACUCAAGGGCAAAAAGAUUCCCUAUUUUCCAGCUAACAUGGACGUCCUGCAGAAAGUGGAGGUGGAGUACGAGAAACUGCCUGGCUGGAAGAGUGACACCUCAGCCUGUAGGAAGUGGGAAGAUCUGCCAGGCAAAGCCCAGAACUACAUUCACUUUGUGGAGAACCACGUUGGUGUACCCAUCAAAUGGGUUGGAGUGGGCAAGGCCAGGGAGUCUAUGAUCCAGAUGUUCUAGGACACAACAAGACCUUUGUCCUUCUUCUCUCCAUGAAUGUCAAUUGAGGUGGUAUGGCUUUAUCUUCUCUGGUCAGAUUUCUUCUGUUCUUCUGUGCAGCAGCUGCACAGACCCCAACUCCUGGACUAACAAACAGGUUCAAAUGAGUGUGUGCAACCACCAUGCUCUACUAUACAUGCAACCACCAUGCUCUACUAUACAUGCAACCACCAUGCUCUACUAUACAUGCAACCACCAUGCUCUACUAUACAUGCAACCACCAUGCUCUACUAUACAUGCAACCACCAUGCUCUACUAAACAUGCAACCACCAUGCUCUACUAUACAUGCAACCACCAUGCUCUAUUAUACAUGCAACCACCAUGCUCUACUAUACAUGGUUCAAAAAAAGCACAAUAACGUGAGCAAAUAAUAGUUAUAUUGAUUGUGUCACAGUAGUUCUUCUCUGUUGCAAUUUACAAACCAUGAAAUUGUCUUAGGUGAGUUCAAAUAGACUUAUUUCUGUUCCAAUUCCGUUCUUUGCACUGAUACAGCAUUUUUGUCUUUUGUUGAAUAUUGUUUUGAUUUGAUAUUGCUGUCAUGUCAGCUAAUCUACGUUGUUUAGACUUGAAUUAACAUUGGCCAGUAUCUGAUGUCUAAUAUAGUACUUGCAUGCUAGAACUACAGCUGAUAUGUCAAACUAUUUUGAACAAUGCAAUGUGCAAUGGCCAGAAUGAGGUCGUUGUAUGACAUGUUGUUGUCAAGGUGGAAGUCAUGUGUCCUGAUACUUGUCCAUGAACUGAAGUGCAAUACUGUGUUUUGCUGUCCACACUAUGUUGAAAAAUCACAGGGAACUUGUUCUUUGCUUCUGUGACACAUUUGGUUAUAUAAAACAAAUGUAUUGUUGUAGCAAUUAGAGCUCGGUUUCUAUGGAUCUUUCUGCCAGUCAAAUUGAUUUUUCCCCCAGUAAUAGUAUGUCCCCCAUUGACACUGUACUGUAACAGCUAAGAAAAUGACACUGUGAUACCCCAAAAGUUUUCUAGUGCAACACUUUUACAAGUGAAAAUCUGAUAUGCAAAUAAAUCUGCUACAUCACAUACCAUUGAUCUGUU